ACCAGAGGCAUAAUCAGUAACCAGCAUUCAGCAGUGCUCUACCUGCACCUUCAAUACAAAAUAAUAACCUAGCUGAUCCAAGUCCAACCAAAGUACUAACAUCCACUUUCUUUCAAUUUCUUGUGCUUUGGGAAGCAAUGACUCCAGCGGGAAUUGUUGGUGGGCUGUUCCUGCUUCUUGCCCUGUACUGCGGGAUAGACCCUUUCAAACACAGUGCAAUUUCUGAAUUCCCUGACUUUGAGGCCUACUAUGUCGACAUGCCUCCAUGGUCCACUGUUCCAAAGGAGAAGGACACUCAAAACUUCCUUCAGAAAUCUGAGAUCAAGUUCCUGAACCAGGUGCAGGGUCCUGAGAGCAUGGCCUUUGAUCCUCUUGGACGUGGCCCCUACACUGGGGUUGCUGAUGGCCGGAUUGUGUUCUGGGAUGGUCAGAAGUGGAAGGAUUUUGCUUACACUUCAAACAAUAGGUCCGAGCUAUGUGACACAAAGCCAUCGCCUUCAAGUUACCUGUCAAAUGAGCAUAUCUGUGGCAGGCCUUUGGGACUCCGGUUUGAUAAGAAAACUGGUGAUUUGUACAUUGCAGACGCAUAUUUUGGAUUGUUGAAGGUAGGGCGAGAUGGUGGAUUGGCAACACCACUUGCAAGUGAGGCAGAAGGAGUACCACUGAGGUUUACCAAUGACCUUGACAUCGAUGAUCAAGGAAAUGUCUAUUUCACAGAUAGCAGCAGCAAAUACCAAAGAAGGAACUUCUUGCAGGUGGUUUUCUCAGCAGAGGAUAGCGGGAGGAUUCUGAAGUAUGAUCCAAGGACAAAAGAAACAACUGUUCUUGUCCGAAAUCUCCAAUUUCCUAAUGGUGUUUCCCUAAGCAAGGAUGGAUCUUUCUUUGUUUUCUGUGAAGCAUGUACUGGCAGAUUACGCAAGUAUUGGUUGAAAGGUGAGAAAGCAGGGAGUUCAGAGGAACUAGCCAUCCUCCCUGGAUUCCCUGACAAUGUCCGGACUAAUAAAGAUGGUGACUUUUGGGUGGCACUCCAUUGCAGGCUGUCCAUGUACACCUACAUCAAUUCACUAUACCCAAAAUUCAGGACAUUCAUUCUCAAGCUCCCCAUUCCAAUAAAUGUUCAGUAUCUGCUUCUGAUACAGGGGAGGCAUCAUGCAGUGGUAGUCAAAUACAGCCAGGAGGGAAAGCUUUUGCAGAUUUUGGAGGAUAGUAAGGGGAAGGUUGUUAAAACCAUUAGUGAAGUCCAAGAGAUAGACGGGAAGCUGUGGAUGGGGAGUGUUCUUAUGCCCUUCAUUGCAGUUCACAACUUGGCUUGAAGUUCAGAAAUUAGAAAAACUAGAAAACACUUUUGUGUUCCCCUUUUACAAUUAACUUGUUUCAAGGCUGUAGCAUUAGAUUAUUCUCUAGAAUCAGACUAAAUUUUCAAAUAAUCA